UCACAUUCUUUCAGGGAGGUGUCUGCAGUCGGUUAUGUUCUUUUGAGACCUCGCCAUCAGGGAGCACCUGCUGUCACUAAGUGUCUGCUGGUGCUGGAGUUUGCUGUCUGCCUUCUUGCCAUGUCUAACGAAGUAGAAACCAGUACAUCGAAUGGUCAGCCUGACCAACAGGCCGCACCCAAAGCACCGUCCAAGAAGGAGAAGAAGAAAGGCUCGGAAAAGACGGAUGAGUAUCUUUUGGCCAGAUUCAAAGGUGAUGGUGUAAAAUACAAGGCCAAGCUAAUUGGCAUUGAUGAUGUGCCAGAUGCGAGAGGAGAUAAAAUGAGCCAAGAUUCUAUGAUGAAACUAAAGGGCAUGGCGGCGGCUGGUCGGUCUCAGGGACAACACAAACAAAGGAUCUGGGUCAACAUUUCCCUUUCUGGGAUCAAAAUAAUUGAUGAGAAAACUGGGGUGAUAGAGCACGAACAUCCAGUAAAUAAGAUCUCUUUCAUCGCCCGUGAUGUGACAGACAACCGGGCAUUUGGUUAUGUGUGUGGAGCAGAAGGCCAGCAUCAGUUUUUUGCCAUAAAAACAGGGCAGCAGGCUGAGCCAUUAGUCAUUGAUCUUAAAGACCUUUUUCAAGUUAUCUAUAACGUGAAGAAAAAGGAAGAAGAAAAGAAAAAGAUGGAAGAAGCUAACAACGCAGUCGAGAAUGGAAGCGAGGCCCUAAUGACUCUUGAUGACCAAGCUAACAAACUGAAAUUGGCUGUUGACCGGAUGGAUUUGUUUGGGGACAUGUCUACACCUCCUGACCUAAAUAGUCCAACAGAAAGCAAAGAUAUCCUGUUAGUGGAUCUAAACUCUGAAAUCAACACCAAUCAGAAUUCUUUAAGAGAAAAUUCAUUCUUAACAAACGGCAUCACCUCCUCCUCUCUUCCUCGACCAAAGCCUCAGGCGUCUUUCUUGCCCGAAAAUGCCUUUCCUGCCAACCUCCAUUUCUUUCCCACCCCCAAUCCUGACCCUUUCCGUGAUGAUCCUUUUGCACAGCAGGACCAAUCGCCACCCUCUUCAUUUGAUUCUCUCAAAUCUCCAGAUCAGAAGACAGAGAAUUUGAGUGGCUUGUCCACUCCGCUGAGUAAUGGGCCCCUGAAUGGGGACGUUGAUUACUUUGGUCAGCAGUUUGACCAGAUCUCUAACCGGACUGGCAAGCAGGAAGCUCAGGCAGACCCGUGGCCCCUCUCCAGCCCGCAAACCCAGCCAGCAGUGAGAACUCAGAAUGGGGUCUCUGAAAGAGAACAGAACGGCUUCCAUGUCAAAUCCUCCCCGAACCCUUUUGUGGGAAGCCCUCCCAAAGGACUGCCCGUGCCAAAUGGCCUAAAGCAGGACUUGGAAAGCUCUGUCCAGUCCUCCACACAUGACUCCAUAGCCAUUAUCCCACCUCCACAGAGUACCAAACCAGGAAGAGGCAGAAGGACUGCCAAGUCUCCAGCAAAUGACUUGCUGACAUCAGACAUCUUUGCUCCUCCGGACUCAGAACCUCCAGGCCAGGCGUCACCUACGGGACAGUCUGCAACCCCACAGACCAACCCUCUGGAUCUCUUCAAGACCAGUGUUUCUCCCCCUGUGGGACCCCUAGCAGGUCUAGGUGGUGUAGCAAUCACACCGCCUCACACAGGACCAUGGAGCCCGCCAUCUCUCGUGUUCAAUCAGUCCCCUUCCAUGGUCCCAGGAGCCAUGAUGGGUGCUCAGCCUGCCGGAUUCAGUCAACCAAUGGUUUUUAGCACAAGCCCGGCGGUUGCAGGUUGGAACCAGCCUUCAUCCUUUGCAGCCUCAACUCCCCCUCCAGCCCCUGUUGUUUGGGGCCCAUCAGCAUCUGUGUCACCCAAUACUUGGUCAUCAGCCAGCCCUCUGGGGAAUCCUUUUCAGAGCAAUAUUUUUCCAGUGCCUGCUGUGUCUACCCAGUCCCCUCCUAUGCUCUCCUCUCUCCUGGUCACUCCUCCUCAACCACCUCCCAGAACUGGCCCUCCAAAGGACAUCUCCACCAAUGCCUUCGUUGCUUUGGACCCCCUUGGGGAUCAAGAAGUCAAAGAAGUGAAAGAAAUGUUUAAGGACUUACAACUGCGGCAGCCUCCGGUCCCCGCGAGGAAGGGAGACCAGCCUUCCUCGGGGACUUCAAGUGCCUUCUCCAGUUAUUUCAACAGCAAGGUGGGCAUUCCUCAGGAGAAUGCAGACCACGAUGACUUCGAUGCUAACCAACUAUUGAAAAAGAUCAAUGAACCACCAAAGCCAGCUCCCAGACAAGGUGCCCCACCAGUUACCAACUCUUCUGACAAUGCCUUUGAGAACCCUUUCUCUAAAAAUGCUUUCAGCUCGUCACAAGCCUCUAUGACUUCUCCUCAACCUGCAUCUUCCGAUGUAUAUAGGGAUCCUUUCGGAAGUCCUUUUGCGUAACUUCUGAACUUGGCUUGCUGACUUUCCAGAGGAACAGAAAGGUUGGCCUUAGCAGUCAAGGACAAAGCUGAUUGCCACAUAGUCCUGACCUCUGCCCUUGUUCCAGCUUUGCAUAUUAUCUGCUGCCUUAUUUCUUGCUGCCUCUUCCACCUGUAAAGUGUCUCUCACUUUCUGUUUAUAACGCUAAACUGAGUCUUAUAGCUUUAAAUAAAUUAAGAAUCUAAACACUCUAGCUUAAAUAUAAAUGAAGUAGUUUCCCUACCUGAGCCCUUGCCUAUUGUGUCCCUAAAACCUUCUAGAACAUUCUACCAUGUACCCUCUGGUUGUGCGAUGCAGCCACCCCUCAGAUCAGACUGCUUUGAAUAAAUUUUAAAAAUCCUUACUGUUCAAGGUUGUUUGGGGGUUCCGUUUUAGAGCAUAAAACCUAAAAAUUGUAGUCGAGCAGGGUACCUUCUUAAAUCUUGCUUCACACCAUCACUUCCAGAGAAUUUUUAAAGUAAAAUUGAAGCAAGUCCAACUUCUCUGUAGGCACUUUGGAAUCCGACACACCCAAGAACCUUUUUAAAGAUAUAACUUCUCUUUCUGAAGAUCAUAUUUUUCUCAAGGGCGAGAGCAUCCUUUCUCCAGUCUGCUAGCUCUUGCCAAUGAGGGAAAUGCAUUAUUCGUGUCUCCUCUCCCUUUCCCUUUGAUUCUCUUUUCAAUCAGUUUUGCUCCUGGGUUCACAUCACUUCCUUUUCACAAGAAAUGGAGUUUUGUGGGGCAAAAUAUCUAAUGAUUCACAGAUCUGAACUCUUGUCACCUUCUCAGUAAUUGCUAAUCCCAGUAACUAGAAUUGCAAAUGGGACAACCUUUAUCCUUUCUGUGGAAUAGGGGGCCAUCCUCUUGAGCCGAAGUUCCAGGAGAGCAGUUAAUGUUGAAGAAAACCUGAACUCGACUCAGCAAUGAAGGACAACACAUCACAAAGUGAAAUGUGAUUGUGCCAAAUAUGUUAGGUGCUUAUUUGGGGUUAUGCUAGACCUUGAUCAAGUAACUGGAAAGCUUUCUGGAAGCCACAACCUCAUAGCUAGUUGGAAGAUCAAUAGAAAAAAAAAAAA